CACCUAACAAGCUUCGUCAUUAGAGCUGCUAGAAUUGAGUCUAAAGGUGUCACCUUGGGUUUCAGAGCCCCUCAAUUUCAGCUUCCAGAGCCUCUUACUGGGAAGGUUUGGGCAUUGGAAGAUUUUGAGGCUCAUCCAGCUCUAUUGGUUAUGUUUAUAUGCAACCACUGUCCAUUUGUUAAGUACCUGAAAAAAGACAUUGUAAAGCUUACUAAAUUCUAUAUGAAGAAAGGACUUGCCGUCGUUGCUAUAUCUUCAAAUUCUGCAGCUACACACCCCCAGGAUGGACCAGAAUUUAUGGCAGAAGAUGCUAAAUUGUUUGGUUAUCCUUUCCCGUACCUUUACGAUGAGUCACAGGAAGUUGCACGAGAUUUUGGAGCAGUUUGUACACCAGAAUUUUACGUUUUCAAAAAGGAUGGUCGAAGGCCGUUUGAGCUGGUUUAUCAUGGUCAGUUUGACGAUUCAAGGCCAAGUAAUAAUAACAUACCAGUAACUGGAAAAGACUUGAGCUUGGCGAUAGAUCGUGUUCUGAGUGGUCAGCUAGUACCAUCCGAGCAAAAACCUAGGUAUUUGGCCAUUGAGCUUGGAUAUCCAUUUUUAAGGAAAAUAAAUGCAACUGAUACAAAGACAUAUGCCACUAGAACCAUCAUUUUCUUGCAAAAUGAUGGAACUUUGAAGCCAUUGGCCAUUGAGCUAAGUAAGCCACAUCCUCAAGCUGAUAGUUUUGGUCCUGUUAGUAAAGUUUACAUGCCUGUAAGCGAAGGUGUUGAAGCUUCAAUUUGGUUCCUUGCCAAGGCUUUCGUUGUUGUAAAUGACGCCACCCAUCACCAAAUUUGUAGCCAAUGGUUGAACACUCACGCUGUUGUUGAGCCAUUCAUCAUAAUAAAUAGACAUCUCAGUGUGGUUCACCCUAUUCAUAAACUUUUGCUUCCACAUUACCGUGACACAAUGAACAUCAAUGUACUUGCUAGAAAUGUGUUGGUCAAUGCAGAGGGUAUUAUAGAAUCAACAUUCUUGGGUGGAGCAUAUUCUGUGGAAAUGUCUUCUUUUGUAUACAAAGAUUGGGUUUUCACUGAGCAAGGAUUGCCUCAUGAUCUACUCAAAAGGGGAGUGGCUGUUGAAGAUCCAACUUCACCGCAGUGUCUUCAUCUUCUGAUAGAGGAUUACCCUUAUGCUGUUGAUGGGCUAGAUAUAUGGGUUGCUAUUAAGUUAUGGGUUGAAGAAUAUGUGAACUUCUACUACAAGUCAGAUGCUGCUAUUGUGCAAGAUUCUGAACUCCAAGCAUUCUGGAAAGAAGUUGUUGAGGUGGGUCAUGGUGACUUGAAGAAUGCAACAUGGUGGUUUAAGAUGCAAAACCGUGUAGAGUUGAUUGAAGCUUGCGCCAUCCUCAUAUGGAUAGCUUCGGCACUUCAUGCCGCUGUUAAUUUUGGACAAUAUCCAUAUGGAGGAUACAUCCUUAAUCGGCCAACUAAAAGUAGAAGAUUAAUGCCUGAAAAAGGGUCUGCUGAAUAUGAUGAGGUUUCUAAGAAUUUUCAGAAGGCGUAUUUGAAAACAAUCACACCAAAAAAUGAUGCCCUUACUGACCUAACAAUCUUAGAGGUCUUGUCAAGGCAUGCUUCGGAUGAGCAGUACCUUGGACAGAGAAAUGAAGGUGAACUUUGGACUUCUGAUUCACUGCCAUUAGAGUCAUUCAAGAGGUUUGGAAGGAAGUUAGCUGAAAUUGAGCAAAAGCUCAUUGGAAGGAACAAUGAUGAGUCGUUGAGGAAUCGAUAUGGGCCAGUGAAGAUGCCUUACACAUUGCUCUAUCCUUCUAGCGAGGAAGGAUUGACUUGCAGAGGCAUUCCCAAUAGUAUCUCUAUCUAAAGAGAUUAAUAUGAUUUGGUGUGUUGCGUUGUUGUUCUGAAUAAAAUAUAAGGAGUAAUCAAAUUCCCCCCGUUAUGGUGAUCAUGUUAUUUUUUUUUGUUGGUUUGUCUGUUUGCUCUUGUGUUUUAUUUUAAUGAAUGAGAUAUACUUUAGAUGUUUGUACCUCUUGUAUUUAUUAUGUUUUUUUAAUGAUUUCAUGAAUUUUUAA